GACACUUCCCCCCUCCUGACGUCAGCUGGAUGUGUGAUUUUUCCUUCCCAUCCCCGCCUCAAACUGAAGCAUUUACAUAUCAGCUCUUCAGAAGCAACUUGAGGCUCAGUAAUGUGUACCUAAACACCCACAUGUCCUCACAUGAACAUCAAUCAAUAUGCUGCCUGAGACUGUCCUCCAGCAGUGAUGUCUGCCUUCACCCCUCCCACCCCUCUCGUUUGUGUGCUGCUGUGUGUGUCGGUGGCUCUGCAUCGCUCUGACCUGCGUCUGGCUUACGUGACCCACAACAGCUUUUUCUACUACUCAUGCAGCCAGGAUCCGCAACCAUGCAGCGUCUUAUCACUUACAGACUGCAGAUGCAAGGACAUCCAGCUUUCCAUGCUGCACCGCCCACAGUCACGCUCGUCUCCCGUUUUCCGCAUGAGGCGUUUAACUGUUUGGUUCACGUCGCCAUUAAACACAGCACGUCUCCUCAACAACUCGGAGGUGAGGCACCUCACCCUGAUUCAUUGUUGCCCUGGAGGAUCUAGAGAAGCACCUUUUUCCCUGGAGGGACAUUUUGCUGUGCAGCACCUGGAGAGGCUGACGGUGGUGAACUGUCCAGACGCAAACAGAGCCAAGAACACAGCCUCAAACAAUGGCCCAGGCAGGGAUGAUGGUGCUCACCUUGACACAAAUACAUUCAACAGGGAUGAAGACACAAACCUGGACCUGAUUGUGGACAUGGAGAGAGAUUCCUUGGCUUUGUCCUCACCCCAGAUCCAAGACAUCUUCCUGGGCAGGGAGCUGGGAGCCGCGUUUUACGAACAGGCCAGACUGGGAAUCAUCCACAGCUCUGUGCUGGAGUGGGGAGCAGUAAUCAAAGCCUACACAGUUCAAACACACAUAGACAAUGACGGCAUGCUGCCUUUCCCUGACCUCCACCUGCCAAAAUUACCAGAGACAUCUGUCAUUUAUGUCAGCUUUGUAUACUGAUGCCAGGUUACUGUUGAGGCGUGCAGGAGAGAACAACGGGACGCAAAUGAUCCAGUGUUCGGGUCCUGUAAACAAUCUCUUUCUUGCUCACCAGAGAUAAAUACGUUUAGGAAUCUGGGGUCUUUCUUGUUGCCGGCCUAUGGCUAUGAUUUACAUGGAUAACUGGAUAACUCGAAAGAAAACACAUUUUUGCACAAAUGCAAAACUAAAUUAGAUUUGUCUUGUCCAAUAGCUGCUCAGCUGUUUAUCAGCAUGUUAGAAGAAAAUAGAUCAACUAAUGAGAGAUCCUCUUAGGGACCAGAAUAGCCUGCAAACCUCUCCAUCUGACGUGUCCUUUGUUUCUAAAUGUUGUUUAUCCUUAUCCCCAAAAUAAAUUGACAGUGGUGGUUGGAUGGCUUUAGUCAAACAUUUAUACUUAUUGUGUUUUUUCCUGUCUACCACAAAUGUGUGUUUACAACAAUAUAGUGCAUUCCACAGAAGCUCUGAUGCGGUUGCCGAAUUCACACUGAAUACAAAGUUGGUGACUGUCGGAUUUUGUGAAAAACAAAAGGGUUUCCUUGUAGGCCAAAAUGUCAUCAUUUGAGGGAAGACGAUGAGCUAAUUUGGACUUCAGCGCAGCUCUACUUGACCCUGACCACGGACCUCUGAUCCUGUUGUGAAAGGAAACAGAGACUUUCUCCUCUGGGAAUCAUUGUAAAAUGGGAAAUGCAUGUGUGCUUCCAGAAUUAAACCACAAGAUGGUAGCAGAUACGCUUGAGUCAAAGAGGAAGAAGCCUAGUGAAGUAUUGAGCAAGGACUGAGAGUAGCAUCCUGAGAGUUUUUAAAGUAUACGACACUUAAAAGCACUUUAAAAACUUGUGAGGAAUGUUGUUUGUUGAGGUACACUGCGAAGAGUGAAACAAGUAUGGCAUGAUAUUUAUUUGUUUACAAAAUAUGAAAUAACCAAUGUCAUCUCUUCCAUUGUUUACAACAAACAGCAGAAAUACAUUAUUUACUCAUCA